AUGAAAGCCCUGACCGCAGUGUUUGUGUGGCUUUUCCUCGCGAUCACCGUCAGCUACGCGCGGAAUGUGGCGGCGUUCGGAGCACGCGGCGCCUUCGGCGACAUGGGUGAGCCGAUGGUUGUGGAUGGGUUGAGCGGAUUCGGGGACACCGGUCGCGAAGGCAGGAUGUUCGUGAUGCAGGACACAAGGGCAGAUCCUCGGUGAGUUCGCAGAAGAGUAUAGAGAUCUACUCAACAUACGUAAAUAAGAUUUUGACAAGAUUGGUAGCAGUCUGUCGCAAAAAUAAUGGGCACUCUGUCGCGUCAAAAGUGGCACUGCAGCCGAGAAAAUGAAUUGUGUCGUGACAAAAUCAAAUUGAUUUUUACUUCAGCGACACAAUCGGCGCAGCGAGAUUGUGUUCAUUAUUUCCCGAAAGGCUCGCGAAGGCAAAUUCUAACCGCUAAGGAAGUCUUUAGAAAGCGGCGCUUAGUGGGUCGACAAUACCUUGAGGUGCUCCAAUUUGUCACUGUGGCUUGGAGAUUGUUAGUUAAUAGAUUGGUCGGGUCCUAGGAUUGCUGUAUUUUGAAGGUAUUUGCCUGGAUUUAUGCAUAUGCAGAUCUCUGUUUUUUAGAGCACGCUUUCUUUUUUUUCUAUGUUAACACAAUAACCCAGGGUCAAGAGAACGAAGGUUAUCAAUAGCUAUAAUUCGGGAAGGUGCUCAUAUCGUAACGCUCCAAGUCUCCACCGAGCCUUCUCCAAAAAUGCACCGAAUAUUCAACGGGUUUCACGUGUCUCGUAAGCACCUCCUACCACCUUUUUUUGGCUCUCUGCCUGUACUAGACCUCACAUCGACAAAUUCUGUGUUGAUCCGGACCGCCGCCGGCCCGAAAAGUCGGGAUCUCCUCCUUUCGAGCACAUUCCUCGUUAAAUUUUUACCGUUUGAGUACCGGCUAGCACCUAAUGGCGAUGCGAAACUUUAAGCCAUGCAUCAAAAGUUAUUUCUUUUUUAAUUAAAGACCCUUCAUUUUUUAGCUGUGUCUUCUGCCGAGGUGGUUCGUUCCGCAAGCGCUUUGCGCAGUUCUAA